CCAGCGGAGGGGGGGAGUGGGUUUUAUUAGUGCAGGUCAAGACGGAGAGCCGCUUCACCCCGCGCCGCCUUCUCGACGUUUUCUGCGGUUCUUCUCAUAGCAUGCCGCUGGUUCACACAAUGCUGAGGGCCUCCCUGAACAAGCAUCUGACGAAAUGGGUUCCAGCCCGAAUGACUCCGCCUUUGAGAAUGAUUGCUGUGGAGUCGGGUGUCCCUGAUCGACCGGCUCCCGACUCGGCAGCACCAGUCGCUCUUCUGCCUCCUGCAGCCGCAGCCGAGCCGGAGGCGAUCUCUUCGGAUGGGUCAGGACAGCGCCUCCGAACUCUGCUGGGCAUGUCCGACUGCAUGAGUCUAAACAUGACUAAGCUUUGCGCCGAUCGACGGCAGCUCGCCAUCCGACUGUCCGAUUUGUAUCGCCGUUGUACUGAGAUGCGACGCCGCGACAGUGAGCGCGAGGCCUCGCCUGCCACCAAACAAGCGAGUGCCGAGUCUUUUGUUCAGGAAUUGAAGCUGCUGGUGCUUGGGGUCCGAGUCGAAGAGCUCCAAGCCAAAUUAAGCGAGUCGGAGCAACGGAGGCUGAGGGCUGAGCAUAGGGCCCGAAGAGAACUGAUGGCCGUAGAAGUGGAGGCGGCGAAGGUGGAGUUGAAGUUGGCCAACUACCAAACCGGCGAGGAGGUGGAAUGUGUGAAUCCGAAGAAGUCCUUUAUGAAGUCGGAAGAAUUUGAAGAAUUCGACAUAUAUAGUCUAUUAGAAUGUGAGGAGGAUAUGAAACACAAUAAUUUCUCAUAUUUCUAUUAAAUCGUAACAUAUUUAUAAGCUAUUUAAAUAACUCAUGA